AUGCCUGGAGGAAAACGUGGGCUCGUGGCACCUCAAAAUACUUUUUUGGAGAACAUCGUGAGGCGCUCGAACGAGAGCUGUUUCCUGUUGGGCAAUGCCCAGAUCGUGGGCUGGCCGGUGGUCUACAGUAACGACGGCUUCUGCAAACUCUCUGGCUUCCACCGCGCCGAGGUCAUGCAGAAGAGCAGCACCUGCAGCUUCAUGUAUGGGGAGCGUACGGACAGUAAGACAGUGGCGAAGGUGAGGGAGGCGUUUGACAACUACGAGUCCCACUGCACCGAGGUGCUGCUCUACAGGAAGAACCGUUCUCCGGUGUGGUUCUACAUGCAGGUGGCUCCUAUUAGGAACGAGUCUGACAAGGUGGUGCUGUUCCUCUGCACCUUCAAGGACAUCACUGUCUUCAAGCAACCCAUCGAGGAUGACAGCACACGUGGCUGGGCCAAGUUUGCCCGAUUGACGCGAGCGCUGAGCAAUAACAGAAGCUCUCCGCAGCAGUUCACACCCCUCAGCAAGGCAGACACCGGCACACACAAGCCAUCACGCCUGGCCGAGGUGUUGCAGUUGGGUUCAGACAUCCUCCCAACGUACAAGCAGGAGGCUCCAAAGACGCCGCCCCACAUCAUCCUGCACUACUGCCCCUUCAAGACCAUCUGGGACUGGGUCAUCCUCAUCCUCACCUUCUACACCGCCAUCAUGGUGCCCUAUAACGUGUCAUUCCGUGCGCGUCAGAACAGUGUGGCCUGGCUGGUGUUGGACAGCAUAGUGGACGUGGUGUUCCUGGUGGACAUCGUGCUGAACUUCCACACCACCUUCGUGGGCCCGGCGGGCGAGGUGGUGUCGGACGCGGCGCUCAUACGCAUCAACUACCUGAAGACCUGGUUCAGCAUCGACCUGCUGUCCUGCCUCCCUUAUGACAUCAUCAACGCCUUCGAGAACGUGGACGAGGGCAUCAGUUCCCUGUUCAGUUCCCUGAAGGUGGUGCGUCUGCUGCGUCUCGGCCGCGUGGCCCGUAAGCUGGACCACUACCUGGAGUACGGGGCGGCCGUGCUGGUGCUGCUGGUCUGCGUCUUCGGCCUGGUGGCCCACUGGCUGGCCUGCAUCUGGUACAGCAUCGGAGACUACGAGGUCAUCGACCAGCUCACCAACGGGGUGCGCACGGACAGCUGGCUGUACCAGUUGGCCAACAGCGCGGGCUCGCCGUACCGCUUCAACGCCAGCGGCUCAGGCAGGUGGGAGGGCGGUGCCGGGCGCGACUCGCUCUACGUCACCUCGCUCUACUUCACCAUGACCAGCCUCACCACCAUAGGCUUCGGCAACAUAGCGCCCUCUACGGAUGGGGAGAAGAUCUUCUCCGUGGCCAUGAUGAUGGUUGGAUCUCUGCUUUACGCCACCAUCUUUGGAAACGUGACAACCAUCUUCCAGCAGAUGUACGCCAACACCAACCGCUACCACGAGAUGCUCAACAACGUGCGAGACUUCCUGCAGUUAUACCAGGUGCCAAAGGGUCUGAGCGAACGAGUCAUGGACUAUGUGGUGUCCACCUGGGCUAUGUCUAAGGGCAUCGACACAGACAAGGUGCUCUCCAUCUGUCCCAAAGACAUGCGCGCGGACAUCUGCGUGCACCUGAACCGCAAGGUGUUCAACGAGCACCCCGCCUUCCGCUUGGCCAGCGACGGCUGCCUGCGCUCGUUAGCGCUGGAGUUCCAGACGCUGCACUCGGCCCCAGGGGACCUCAUCUUCCACGCCGGGGACACCCUGGACACGCUCUGCUUCGUGGUGGCCGGCUCGCUCGAAGUCAUCCAGGACGACGAGGUCAUCGCCAUAUUGGGUAAGGGCGAUGUGUUUGGGGAUGUCUUCUGGAAGGAGUCGGCGCUGGCUCCCGCGUGCGCUAACGUGCGGGCGCUAACCUACUGCGACCUGCACAUCAUCCAGCGGGCCUCGCUGCUGAGGGUGCUCCAAUUCUACACCGCCUUCGCACAGUCCUUCGCACGCCACCUUGUGCUCACCUGCAACCUCCGCAAGCGCUUUGUUUUCCGCAAGAUAGCGGACGUGCGUCGCGAAGAGGAGGAGAGGAGGCGAGGAGGGGGCCAGACUCCGAUACCGCCCCACCACCCCGUCAGGAAACUCCUCCGGCGCUUCAAGCAGCAGAGGCAGAACCAGCACGCGCCGGACCCAACCCAGCCACCGGACCUGGAAAACAACCAGCAGCAAGGAGAGACCCUGGGUCAGAACCACACCUUGGACCAUCCCACGGGGCUGGACAGCUCCAUGGGCUGGUCGGGCAGCUCCACACCCCUGAUAACCAGCCUCCAUUCCCCGCUCCACACCACGCCACCCAUCCCCAACCAGGCCGGCCAGAACCACAGCAGGCGGCGUGACGCGGCAGAGUCGACUCAGAACCACAGCGCCCCCUACCUGAAGACGACGAGCAGCAUCAUACUCAGCAGAACACAGCUGGUCACGCCCACUCCUCUAGCCGCACCUACCGCGGGUGGCUGGCUCCGCCUACGGAACAACAUGGGUGCCCCCAGCCCAGCGCCCUCCUCCGUCUCCAUCCAUUCCUCUGGCCACGCCCCCUCAUCUACCCAAACUCACUCCAGUAGCCACACCCUUGUCCAGGGGCAGCAGGGGAGGGAGGGCCUUGGCCACGCCCCCAGGGCGGCCUCCAUGGAUCGCCUGUCGGCCGCAGGGGUCAAGGGUCAGGAGGGUGGGCCCGGGGGCGGGGCUAAGAGCUACCUACGUAAGACGGACUCCUGGGAUAGCGGGCUGACCUACAGCGACCAGCGGCUGGACCGCACGCACACGCCCUCGCCCCCGCACACGCCACACGCGCACUACACACACACGCCCUCGCCCCCGCACACGCCAUUCAAACGCACGCACACACCCUCGUCCCCUCACGCGCGCACCCCAUCACCUCCGCACACACCCCCACCGCCACUGGAGCAGUACAGGGGAACUCAGAGUCGGCGUCCCUCCGGGUGUGUGUGCGGCGCGCAGGGCCAAGAGUGUGUGUGCGAACAGCAGCGUCAGGCCUGCGUGUUAGUGCAGGAGGCCAAGGAGGAGCUGAGGGCGGAGCUACAGGCUGUGAGCGUGCGAUUGGCCGGCGUGGAGCAGCAGGUGAGCCAGGUCCUCAAGCUGCUGUUGGAAGAGCACACGCACGCGGCCGCAAACACACACACCACC